CCUCCUCAAGAGCCCAGCAGUGAGAAUUCAGACAGCAGCAGUCAAGCUCUCCAGUUCCUGUUUCCGCCGCGACUCGCGAAGCAUCCCUUUCAUUAAAAACAUACGCGCUGUGGAGAUACCAGUUCGCCAGUGCCAAAUCAAGGGGGAGGGAAUCGUCCUCACAUGUCCCAGCUAAGCCUUUUGUAGGACACACAGUCCGGAGCAGAACCCCUGUAGAAAGAGGAACUCAUCAGAGCCGUCAGUUCUGUAAAACAAAGUCUCCAGGGAUCUCAAACCUCUCCGCCCCUUCUCUGCGAGGGGCAGCUGCCAUGAUAUAACCUCCAAACCUCAAAGAGCACACACACACAAGCCAGACCCAGAGACCCCCUGACGUCCCCUGCUUCCUCUGUGGAAGAGUCCUGAGGUGAGCAUGUCUCAAAUGCCUGUCUUGUGAAAGGAGAGGGCAGCAGUAGGCGCCAUGCGUCCGUGGACGGGCUCGUGGCGCUGGAUUAUGCUGGUGCUGCUGGCCUGGGGGACGCUGCUAUUCUACAUCGGAGGUCACCUUGUGAAGGACAGCGAGCAUCCGGAGCGAUCCAGCAGAGAGCUCUCCAAGAUCCUAGCCAAGCUGGAACGGCUCAAACAGCAGAAUGAAGAUCUCAGACGCAUGGCCGAGACGCUCAGGUUACCUGAUGGUCAAGCCGAUGGUGGUCCAGGAGCCGUGGGUAAAUUACGUAACCUUGAAGAACAGCUGAUAAGAGCUAAGGAGAAGAUCAACUCUUAUCGCAGUCUCCCUGCUGAUGGCCCAGGAAAGGAUCAUGAAGAGUUAAGGAGGAAGGUGGAGAACGGUGUGAGGGAACUGUGGUAUUUUGUGCGCAGCGAAGUGAAGAAACUGCCGCUGAUGGAGACUGGAGCAAUGCAUAAACAUGUCGACACACUCAUGCAGGACCUGGGACAUCAACAGAGGUCAGUCAUGACAGACCUUUAUCAUCUGAGCCAGGCGGAUGGGGCUGGAGAUUGGAGAGAAAAGGAAGCUAAUGAACUGUCCGACCUCGUACAGAACAGAAUUAUGUAUCUACAGAACCCUCAGGACUGCAGCAAGGCUCGUAAGCUGGUGUGUAACAUCAAUAAGGGUUGUGGUUACGGCUGCCAGCUGCAUCAUGUGGUCUACUGCUUCAUGAUCGCCUAUGGCACACAGCGGACGCUCAUACUGGAGUCGCAGAACUGGCGCUAUGCCACCGGAGGAUGGGAGACCGUCUUCAAACCCGUCAGCGACACUUGCACUGACCGCACAGGGGCCUCCACUGGACACUGGUCUGGUGAAGCAAAUGACCGGGACGUUCAGGUUAUUGAGUUGCCCAUCGUGGACAGUCUUCACCCUCGUCCACCUUACCUGCCCCUGGCCAUCCCGGAAGAUCUCGCAGACCGGCUUCAGAGGCUACACGGAGACCCUCCUGUGUGGUGGGUGUCUCAGUUCGUCAAGUACCUGAUCCGCCCUCAGGCAUGGCUCAUGAAGGAAAUGCAGGAGGUCACCACCAAACUGGGCUUCAAGCAUCCUAUUAUAGGGGUGCAUGUGCGCCGGACAGAUAAGGUAGGGACGGAGGCAGCUUUCCACCCCAUAGAAGAGUACAUGGUGCAUGUGGAGGAUCACUACCAGAGUCUGGCACAACGCAUGCAUGUGGACAAGAAACGGGUUUACCUCGCCACUGAUGACCCCUCACUACUGCAAGAAGCCAAGACCAAGUACCCUGAUUAUGAAUUUAUUAGUGAUAAUUCCAUUUCCUGGUCGGCUGGACUACAUAACCGCUACACUGAAAACUCUCUGAGAGGAGUCAUCUUGGAUAUCCACUUCCUAUCCAGGACCAACUACUUAGUGUGCACCUUUUCCUCACAGGUGUGUCGAGUUGCCUACGAGAUCAUGCAGACUCUCCACCCGGACGCCUCCUCAUACUUCUACUCCCUCGACGACAUCUACUACUUCGGUGGACAAAACGCCCACAACCAGAUCGCUAUCUACCCGCAUCAACCACGCAACAGUGACGACAUCCCGCUGGAGCCUGGAGACGUGAUCGGUGUCGCGGGCAAUCAUUGGGACGGAUACUCCAAGGGAAUCAACCGUAAAACGGGCCGCACCGGCCUCUAUCCAUCUUAUAAGGUCAAAGAGAAGAUUGAGACAGUGAAGUAUCCCACAUACCCAGAAGCGGACAAACUUCUCAAGAAACCAUAGAGUGAGAAUAACACUUAAAAACACUCAUUAAACGAGGAAACCCUGGACCACCCGGAUGGGAAUGCACUUUGCGUGUGUGAAUGAGUGAAUGUGUGUGUACGUGUGUGUGUGUGUUGUCUAGGGGUUCUUCGAAAGGGUUUUGGGACACCUUCCUAACUCUGGUGCUUGUACCUUGAGUCCCCCUGAAAUGGCAAUCAGGGUUGUGGAAGACAAAAAAAAAAGGAUGAACUCAAGACAACAAACGGAAGGCACUGUACUGUAGGUACUUUCUAAUUAAUCUCCGGGUAAUGAAGGGAACUAAAUACGUUUAUUUAAGAACACAACUUGAAGAAGUGACUUUGCGACUCCAAACCGAUCAUGACAAAGGAAUCAUAAACCCGGGUUUACUCUUGUCCUCCUAUGCUCUUAUACCUCCUUGUGCACAAUGAUGGCGUCCUUUACUCUAGCCUCACUCCACCGGUUUCUCUCAUGCCAUCGCUUCGCCAACUGACACUCCACAUCGCACCCAUGAGCUAUUAAUUUCCACUGCCAUACUGUGCUUUUAAAUGUGACUUCUGCUGUUUUUAUUUUCAUCGUAAAGUUUUAUCAAGUGUAUGUGCGCGCGCGUGUGUGUGUAUGUGUGUAUGAAGUGUGCGGAUUGGAAAACGGUGCCUAUGAGGGCGAUUUACUCACUUUUGCGGAAAGAGUUUUGACUCUGGAGCCUUACGGACCAGCCUUUCCAUGCGGAUUUACACUCCUCCCCUCCUUUCCACAUCGUGUCUUAUCCACAGUCCGUCAUGUUUUUUAAGAGAUCAUUUCAUGUUAUUACAUUUUAAAAUACGGAACCGAUAAGAAAACAACACUUAAUAUGAAGAUAAUGAUACUAAUAUUAUUAAUGAUGUUGAUGAAGAGAAAGUAUAAUUACGGUAACAAUGACACUCGCUGUCAUUAUAAAUUUUAGUUGAUCAUGAAGGAGUUGUUCAUUGUUUUAUGUUUGCGGGCAUUGUCUCUUUGGUAAGCAGAUCAAAUAAACUUGAUCAGCCAAA